GCAGCACUCCGCGUCGCCGGCGGACUACCCAGCACCUGCGGCCAGCGAGGAGAAAAGGGCACCGCACCCGGACGCCAUGCCUUUCUUUGAUGUGCAGAAAAGGCUGGGCCUUAACUUAGACCAGUGGAUGACAAUCCAGAGUGCUGAGCAGCCUAACAAGAUUGCAGGUCGAUGCCAUGCUUUUGAAAAAGAAUGGAUAGAGUGCGCACAUGGAAUUGGUGGUAUCCGUGCAGAGAAAGAGUGCAAGAUAGAAUAUGAUGAUCUGGUAGAGUGUCUACUUCGGCAGAAAACGAUGAAGCGUCUGAAUACCAUCAGGAAGCAGCGGGAUAAGCUAAUUAAGGAAGGGAAGUACACACCUCCACCUCACCACUCCGGCAAGGAGGAUCCUCGGCCCUGAGCAGAGCAGCUGCCGGUGGCUGGAGGCUGAUUUUCACAUUCUCUUUUCUCUGCUGGAAACUUUACAUACUGAGAAUCCCUUUGUGAAAGUGUCUAAAAAUAAAGGAUUGUUGAUUCCUA